GUUGCUGGCUAAUCUUGACCACGCCAACUCCUGUCCUAACUUUGUAGGUUUGCCAUGCUGGCUCCUAAAUGCCACCAAAUACGGCCCCUGGCUACGAGGCUCUUCUCAAACAUCAUCACUGCUGCUCAUGGCGGACUAGUCGUCCAACAAACGCACCUCUUGACUAACUACUCAUUGCUUUGCCCAAGUGAAGCCUUUUCUAGCACAGACGUGGCAGAAGGACCUAAUCCAUGCCUCUUGCUACUUACUAUGCUGCCUUGCACUGCACUCUGUGUGUAUGCUAGCGGCCCUGCCUCCACCCGCCCGAGCCAAGACACUGUAUGGUUCUCACUCCGUUCAUGUGGUUGUUCCAUGGAACAGACUUGCCACGGUGCUGAAGGCGAUGCGCAGAGUGAACCCUCAUGCUGCCUGUUUAUUGCUCAUCCACUUCAUCUUCACUUCCUGUGUGAUGGAUUGAUUGAUUGAUGAUGGCCCUAAGCUUAGUGCCCACCAGGAUCACAGCCGCUUACGCCAUAUGUACAAACACGUACCAAAAUGACUUCCCAUAAGGCAUUGCAUCUGAGCAACAUUCAUUGACGUCAGCCUCCCUCCUGGCUUUGGGCUCCAGGUCCUCUGGCUCCCUCUGGUGGACACAGGCAGCAUUGCAGCGGCAUCCACCUUUUUUCUAUGCUAAUGAAAUGGUUCUCUCAAACAAAAUGCAUUAUGGGAAAACUUUCAAAUCCUUUUCCAUUUUUCACUCAUAAUGCUAGACAUUUGCAUGUUUGAGUGUUAAGUUCCUGUGCGAUGAGUGAACCCGUUCUACUGAGUCCAGCGGGUUGACAAGCUCAUCAUGGGUUGUUUUCACACUCAUGAUUGGCUGCUGUCAAAUAGAGCGCUGACCGGUCCUUACGCACUGACGUGGACACAUGCAUGGCUGCCGCACACAGGCACAGCCAAGCUAGCCGGCUAGCUCACGUUCCCUGGCUAAAUGUCCUUCAACUGCUUGUCAAACGCCAUUUCUCUCAGGCGUCUCAGCCAGACGUGAAAAAGGGCAGAGGCGAUGUUCCCGACGCCCUUCCCGUGUCCGAGCUGGAGCCCACGCACGCGACGUCUGACUUUGAAAACUCCUACAACUACGUUUUGUCCAGGCUGGCCGGGAUGGACCAGGCCAUCCACAAACUCAACGUGGGACACUACACCCUGGACGUCAAUGUGGGCCAGCUGAUGGAGCAUCUGUCCAGGAUGGACGGUAAGGAACCCGGAGCGUUAGCUAGAGGGUUAGCUUCAGUCAUGAACCGUUUCGCCUUCCUUUCCAACAUGGCAGCAAAAAUGGUGGAGCUGGAGGAUCAAAUCCGGGACGUCUACCAGCACAGCAAAGACAACCGUAAGGAGAUGGGACGACUGGAAGGUUGCCAGAAGGGUCUGAGGGUGGGCUACAAGUGUUACCUGGUCUACAACAGCUACGAACACUACGCCGGUGCGUCCAGGAAGUGCCUGGAGCGAGGGGGCCGCAUGGCCAUGCCCCGCGACCGGCGCGAGCAGGAGGCGCUGGCCGGCUACGUCAAGUCCUUCUUCCAUCCGGGCAACUGGCCCGUGUGGCUGGGCAUCAACGACCUGAGCUCCGAGGGCCGGUACAUCUUCGACGACGGCACGCAGGUCUCCUACUUCCAGUGGCGCAGGCACUUCCUGUCCAGCCAGCCCGAUGGCGGCAAGCGCGAGAACUGCGUGGCCAUGUCGUCGGACGACGGCGACUGGUGGGACCACUACUGCGAUCGGGCCAUGAACUACCUGUGCGAGUUUGACGACAGGGUGGCGCUCUAGAGUUGGGCCGUGAUGGCGCUCGUGGGAGGAAACACGGGCGUAACCAUAGCAACGGGAAGCCAAGCUUUUUCAACAUUCAUCCCAAUGCUAGCUAGCUUCAAAGAGUAGCCCCUCCGCACAGCACACAUGCUAGCCAGCAGUAAGGACACAUUUAUCCAAGAGGAGACUGAGGGCAGCACCGGGCUAGCAGUGUCUCCUCCUCGACUGGCAACUUAGCUUCCUGUGUAGCAGCAGUAGUGAACAACAGCCACAUUUCAGUGUAGCUGUAAUGUUGGAAAUACAGUGGAAGGGGAAAGGAAUAAUAAUAAUAAUAAUAAUAAUAAUAAUUAGUGGUGGUUUUUAACGAAGGAGUCCACUUUUGCCACCAGAUGGCUAUAAAAGAAGGCAUGCAUGUUUGGGACACUUUUGAUGCGACACAGAAAGUUUUAAUAGUCGUUUAAAGACAUGAUUGAUGCUUCCUCGCCGUGUGGUGUUAGCAUUUCUCUGAUGAUGCUAAACUUCCACACGACAUUUCUUGCUGAAGGCGGGGUUGACAUUUACUAAUAUUGGAUGAUGAUUGUUCCUAGAAUCGCUAUUACCCUUCAUGACCACAGGGGGUCGCCAUACUCGGGUUUUCUUCACUGACAAAUCAAUGAUUGGACAUGAAAACAGAUCCAUCAAAGCACUGACCUAACCACGAGGAGUCGGCCUCACUUCGCCUCACUCUUCCACAUCAGUCACGCCUCAUCACGGCGGCGUGAGGGCGGGGCGUGACGUCAUCAAGGUGGGUCAAAGCGUCGCUCACCUCCAGUUAAAAGUGCUCUGACCUGACCUGCCGGGCUGGCCCGCGACCUUUCUUAGUCGGCAGACUCGCACGCCUGCAGGAUGCGGCCGACAGAGGGUCUGUCCAUCGGGGUUUUGGACUGGUGGAACAGGAGGAUCUGCUUGCUGUCGCUCAGCAGGAAGUCUCCUCCCAUCUACAAAACACAAACCAUGGACACAUUAUCACCAUCUGUGGCUUUUUUAAUCCAAGAAAUAUUUGGUACAGUGCCGAAAACCCCUUUUACCACCAUUAGAGCCCUCCACACGUGAAGUAACACCCCUAUAGUCACCAUUACGCCCAAAUUACCCAAUAUGGUAGACAGAGUAAGAUAUACAAGACAUAGAAAGGCGUUUACCACCUUCUACAUUCACUUUUACCACCAUUAGAGCCCUCCACACAUGAAAUAACACCCCUAUAGUCCCUAUUAUGCCCCAAUUACCCAAUAUGGUAGACAGACAUAAGAAAGGCAUUUACCACCUUCUACAUUCACUUUUUUGCAUGAUUAGUUCCAUCCAGACAUGAAAUAACAACCCAAGGAGAUGAAUCUUCCAACAAAGUGGUACGGGUUACUGCUACCCAAACACAAUAAAGUGUAUAUUAUUGUAUGAUAUUAUUAUUAAGUGCAUAUUAGUGUAUUUUGACCUGGUAGAGGUCUUCCAGGAGGUGCAGGGGGAAUUCAGGGAAGUCUCUGUCCACUGCUGGAUACUGGGAAUACUGGAGCAGCGUGCCAAAGCUCAAGACCUUGGCGUAGGACGAGACCAGUCCAAAGCUCCUGUAGAUCUGCAGCAGAGAAGACGUGCGUUAGAACAUGUGACAUGAAUGAACGCUUCCAAACGUGCAAAUACUUUUCUUUGGGAGUCCAGCACCAAGUCCAAAGUGCAGCCCGUCUGCUGCAGCCACAGCCGAGCCCCCUCCAGGGAGCCGAAACACACCACCAAGACCUUCACGGACCGAGCCUCCAGGGCAGCCUGCACACAAGACCAAAGUAGACCUGAUACGCCAUCUAGCCCAGCAUCCACCUUUUCAUCUCUUCAGAAGACACAGAAGCGAGAAGGACGUGGUGGACCAGACCGACCAGGCUGCCCUCCAGCUGAGCCACGUGGUCGCGUCACGGCAGUCAUCCAAAGUGUCUGAUGAGGACCAGCAGGAGCUUCUGACCCCGGGAUCGGUACUGGUCCAGCGUAACUCUCCUGUUUGGACGACAAACACCUCAGGCUGCAUCAGCGCCUCGGAAAGAGGGAACUUACUUCCCGCUGCGUCCAUCCAUCAGCAAAGUCUCAUGGCUAAAGAUGUCCGCCGCCGCAGUGGCGCCGCUCCACGAUGGAGGAAGACCUUCAUCCACGAAGCGCAGGAAGGCGUCCCACUCGCUCUGUAAGCAGAUACGUGAUCAGGGCUACGUGUUGAUGUGGGUGAUGUGGCGAGCAGGGACGUGGGACGUGGAUGGAGUUUUACAAGAGGGAAAAAAUAUGAACUAUUGAAUCAUGAAUAAUUGACCAGCAUAGAAUUGAGGUGUUAAAAACAGAAGCCAUAAUAUGAUGAGAAAGAAAAGAAAAUGUUCUAACAUCAUAGGAAGGAUGUGGAAAUAUCACGGGAAGAGCAUUUACAACAAGUUGAAAUCCAAGGAGAUGAAAACAAGCCGCCAGGCCAGCAAGCAGAGCAAGAUGUAGCGAUGGGCAAACGUUACAAACGUUACCAACCUGCAGCUGCAGCAGCUCGUCCACCUGCUCCCGGACGUCUGCACGGCUGCAAAAACGAAAAGAGGAAGUCCAGCUGAAUAGGUGCAGAUUGUGGAAGAUGUUGAAAGGGCCCGACGUGACAUAAAGAAUAAGGAGGCACUUUGUUUCUGUAUGCAUGCAAGUGCUGAUGGGACGUGGACCUCUGCUAACAGGUGAGAGCUGCUAGCUACCAGAAAUGCUAAGCUAACUUACUGAUACCACUUCCCCCACAAGGCCUCAGCUUCCGUCUUCUUCUGCACGCCGACGCUGCUCAGCAGGAACACAGCACAGCAUCAAUUAGCUUUGUAGCUUUCUUCAUCACCCAGGAGCAUCACCUUCUCCCCGCUUACCUCCUGUAGAAGUCUCCUCCUGCUGCGAUCAGGCCGUACAAAGUAGCAAUUUUGUGGGGGACAAACUUUUCCAGGGAGGCUGGAUGACAACAAAAUAAUAAGGUAAAUAACAAGGUAAGCUAAAAUAACAAGGAACAAGUAGCAAGGAAAGCCAAGCGUAUUGUCUUCUAAAUGACACUUUAUCCUUUCACCCCGUCAGCAUGGUGCACCUUGUGUGGGUUUAUUGCCCAGGUGGUGCCAACAGGUACUUUACCCCGGCAAUUGGAGCAUUUAUCACUGACUUGUAUCCGCCAUUACGAGGUAUGGAGCCAAAGGUGUCCCAACAAUACGGUCAGUUUAUUGUGGUCGGCAGACAAACACAAGGCUGCUCUUUUUUAAAUCCUGUGCUUUUUUUAAAUAUUAAAUUUCUAUGAAGUAUGCUGGAACAUGUGAUAAAGUACCUAGCCUAGCCUAGCUA